CCCUUAACCCCCCUCCGCCCCGCUCCUCCUUUCAGCGUGUGAAAGGAUGGCUGAGUGAGAAUCGAUGGCGCAGGGCCCCGCUUGACAGGACAAUAAACCACAAAGAAGGGCAACCAUGCUCCGGCAGAGCGAGGGGCCAUCGUCUCCCCCACACAGCCGCCAACAGCACCAGCACGCCGGCCAGGAGUCUCCCUCCAGCCACCGACUCCCACACGCCGCCAAGCCCGGCCACCGCUUCACAUGAGGCGGCCACCAGCACUCAGCCCUGCCGCUCUGUAUGGAGCCUCUCGCCUGUGAAUGGCCAUGGAGGAUGAUGACGGGACUUGUCUCCUCGAUGUUUUAUGUGACCCCCAAGCCUUGAAUGACUUCCUUCAUGGGACCACUGAGCUGCAGACUAAAGACCUGCUCAUUAGUGCCUCCUCUGGGGAGCCUUGCCUCUUCACAGAUGCCCCGAGCCCCGUCCUGCUGCUGGGAGAUGGCGGAGACUCCCCGGGGACGCCACCGUCCGGAUGUGUGGAUCUGUCCUUCCUGGAGGAGGCCCUCCUCUCGUCACCCGAGGGGGGAGACGACUGCCUACACCAGGAGGACCUGCAGGGCGGAUCUCCCUUUGGGUCCGGAUGCGAGUCAAAGGGGGGCGAGGAGGAGGUGGCAGCACCCCCGGAGGAGGACGCGGAGGUGGCGUGUUGCGACAUCCUUCAGCAGAGCCUGCAGGAGGCAGACAUCACAGAACAGACUGUGGCCCUGGAGGGCAGCCUGACCCAAGACAGUGGGCCCCUUUACUCGCCGCCCACUGUGCCAUUUGUAGCCAAGACUAUGCCCAGCGCCCCUGCCUUGCCCAGAGACACUCAGGCAGCAGUAGAGCCCCCCCAACCCUCCUUGCUUGCCGUCGGGCCAGGCUGCCCCUCUCUGAAACCUGCCGCCCCACCUCAGCUGAUGGGGCUCCUGCCGGGAAACAUUUUCCCUGCCCCUUCACCAGAGACCACCUUCUCUCUGAGCCCGGUUCAGGGGUCUGGUAUAAUCAUCCAUAAAGCCAUUCCCAGCGUGACAUGCCGACCUCUCCUCACCCCCACUCUGAGAGCAGCGGCAGCCCACGGUAUCGUCCUGCAGCGUGCCCCUCUCUCCAUCCAACCCAAGCUGCCAAUCAGCAUUCAGCCAAGAUUAGUCCAAAUCAGCCCAAAGCCGUCGGGGCAAAAACCCACUCCUGGUCUCACGCUAGUUCCCGGGACUGUCUCGCCAAAUAUUCUAUUGUCCCAGCCUUCUGGCCAGAAACCUGCAGUGGUGCCCCCAGGAACUCCCCAGCAGCUCCCCAAACCAGUCAGCCUGCAGCUAGUCAACCAGGGUGGCUCCUUUGUGCUUCAGCCUCAGGGACUCUUUCAAGGCCAAAACCAAUUCCUUCUCCCAGGUCAGUCCCAAGUAACCAUCUCCCAGCCUGGGGUUCGACCUCUGCUGACAGCUGGUCCACAAGGCCAAGGCGGCACGCCCUUCAGUGGGCAUCUUGUGGAUGGGUCCCAGAUUCUAACAGUGCCCCAAAGACAGCUCAACUUCAGCCCCGUUUUCACCACCACAGGACAGCUCACUCUCAGCCAGGCCACCGUCCUCUCUGGACCUCUGCAGCUGCAGUCAGCACCCCCCACGGUCUUCCAGAUGCCGGCUCAGCUGGCUGGGAGCUACACGACCGGCGGGCAGGGGGCCACUCUGGUACACGGCUCUGCUCUAGGCAACCACAUUACUUUAAUCAACAGUUCUGGGAUGUUACAAUCGGAUCUGCCCUCUAUCUCCAUCGUCAAUACUCCGUCGGUGGUGCAGGGCCUGCCUUAUGCGGCUCAGCCAGGUCAGGCGGCAUUGACAGAUGCCCCACCGGCCCUCCAACAGGCCUCUGUGGUGCUGCUUCCUGAGAGAGGAGUGCCUGAGGAGAGGAGCGCCUCAGAGGAAAGCUUUCUUCAACUGCCACAGCACUUCGAUCAGGUGAUCCAGCAUCCAGUCUUGGUGCAGCACACAACCCCCCCGUCGCCUCACGUGGUGACUGUCCUUGAGCCCCAGACGAAUCCGGUUCUGGUCCCUGCAAUGGAGAUGCCCUCAGACGAUGUGAGCCAAGUGGUGGAGGAGGUGACCCAGUCUCUGAGCCAGAACCAAGACUUUAUGCAACAACUGCAACAGCAAGCACUUAGCUCUCCCACUACGUCUGACAUACUGGUUGGAGCGGCACCCGAGGUUCCAGUGGAGUCUCCCACCCCCCCAGUGGACAAUGAGCAAGACAGCCAGCAAGCGACUGCGACGUUGGAUCCACGUGUUGACUCAUUGCCACUCUCGCCAGAAGACACGUCACUGCUGGCAACCUUUCAGUCAGCAGCCAUAGUCCCCAGUCAAGACCCCGUUACCAGACUGGAGAGUCCGCCCCCCCAGUACCAGGACUCUCAGUCUUUGUUCAUGGACAGUCAAAGGACGCUGGCCUCUCCCCAGGCCUCAGCUUCCCAUCCAGGGCCUGACUUCUCCGUCCCACAGUCAUCACAGCCCUCUUUGCCCUCCAGAGGCCCCUCCCCUCUGCAGGUCAGCAUCCCAGUGCCUCAGCAGCAGCCGGAACCCUCAGCUGCCAGCCUCUGCGCAGGGCGGUACCACCCCCUUGCCCAACAGCACACACUUGACACACCAACAGCUGCCUUGGCCAUAGUGAACGACGCCAUGUCUCUCCAUGUCCUCCCAACUUCUGCUGACACCCAGGAGGGACACCCCUGGGAGGGCGGCCCCUUCACGGGCAACCAGCAGCUUGCAGGUGUGGAGCUGCAGCCAGAAGAAAGACCAACACCAGCAAUGCGACGACACAGGUUCCAGCAGCUUCUUUGCACGGACCACAUGGCGGUUCAAAACCCGCGCAUCAGCACCGCCUUUUCUACGCUGAGGGACGCCGCCCGGCGCCUACUGCCGUACCACGUGUGCGGCGGACUCCUGCCCAGGCAGGAGGACUUCACUCUAGUGGACCAGGAGUUUGACACGGUGUCGGGGUUCCUGCUGAAGCGCACCAAGGACAUGGUGAACAAAUACCGGCAGCUACUUGUCAAAGAAACCCAGCAGGAGAGUCCGUCGGCUGAAAUGGUGAUGCUGGAGCGCCUCUUCUUGCAGGCUGAGCGAUUCUCUUUGGGAGAGGACAGACGGCGAGCUCGCAAAGACCCAGAGUCCUUCAUGAUGUCCUUGGCCGCGUCAGCGUCUUCCUCGGGGGCCUCGUCUCCGCCCCCGGCCUGGACCAGACUCUCGGACCGACCGCCGGGUCUUAAAACCUACCGCUCCAGUUCCAGAGGGGCUCUCAGGCUCACGAUAAAGCAGGAGGUUGUGCACAGUUCUUUGAAGCGGGACCACAGGGGCCAGCUGACCAAUGGUGGCGCGGCCAACCCCCCUCAGUCAACCAACGGAUCAUCCGGACAUCUGGAGUGCGGUGAAAACUCCACGCAUGCCCAACUAUCCAACAUGACAGAUCCUCUUCCAAUGCUGCAAGCCGUCCGCUUUGAGCCGCCCCCGCGGGAUGCACCCAACUUGAAAUGCCUCAGGCUGGACGUGCCGCCGCCCGCCUCCAUCCAGGAGGACAACGUGCUCAGUGAACACCUGCAGAGCGCCAUUAACAGCAUCCUGGAGCUGCAGCGCCUGCAGGGGCCCUCGGGCAGCCCCCUCACCAGGGCACCCACAGGACCCGCACUGGACCAACCCAUCACCAGCAUCUUUGACUUGGUCUGCCCCGAACAAGUUCCACACAGAUCCUGAAACGUCCGCUAAAGCUGGAUCUUGUGGUCUCUUGCGAGAAAGAUUGGGUUUCAAGAGCUUUGUAGGCCUUAGCCUUUCUCUUAACCUUACGGAAGAUUGGAAACCCUCUUGCGCCUGCAAGGGCCCUCGGGCAGCCCCCUCACCAGGGCACCCACAGGACCCGCACUGGACCAACCCAUCACCAGCAUCUUUGACUUGGUCUGCCCCGAACAAGUUCCACACAGAUCCUGAAACAUCCGCUAAAGCUGGAUCUUGUGGUCUCUUGCGAGAAAGAUUGGGUUUCAAGAGCUGUGUAGGCCUUAGCCUUUCUCUUAACCUUACGGAAGAUUGGAAACCCCCUUGCUAGACGGGAACCAAGGGCUAAGGGCUAAAAGGAGCGCCAAGGAAUAUCAUUUCGGCCCUUAGUCUGUGGAGGAAGUGCUUGCUUGAUGAGGAAAUAAGAAGAGACAACAGCACGGUCCGUAGUUCCAUUCAUGUUAGAUACUUCAUUUUGAUGUCCGUUGUGCUAAAAACAGUCUCUAAGAAUAGGAGCUCUAUGGUUUCCAUGCUAGUGACAGAGUUGCAGUCUUCAUCAGCAUACAGAUACAAUAGUCAGUGAGAAUUGGUGAAAAUCAGAUUUCUUUCCCAUAGUGCCAAGCUUCCAGGGUAUUUAUUUUUUGUACGAGUGCCAAUGUUAACUGUGUGGCGUCUUUUCAAGUAAACUCCAAAGAAUGCCGCCACAACCCUGACCAAUACCAGCAACUACCGGCUCGCCUCUCAGAAGCUGCCUGCUGGAAUCUGUGAAAUGUCCCUGUGAAAAAACCCAGGACAAUGUUGGAUGUUUGAACACGUAAGCAAUAAUGACUGGGGAACCUGGGGGAGGACGGAGGUGAGACUGCAAAGCGCUUAAAAGCCCUUCAGUCGCUUUGGUUUUGUCUUUCUGCAGAGACGUAGGACUUUAGGACUUACAAUUGACUUCUGUAAAAAAAAGACUGGGUGUAGUUUUGGAUGAAUGACCUGUUAGGACUUGAACCUAGGACCUUUGGAUUUGUGAUUGCUUGCGUCACUUACAUCAGGUGAGAUAUGACUUUGACUAGUUCAUCUACGACUUGGAUCAAAAAAAAUCCUGGGCCUCACAUAGUACUAGAACGGAAAGAUUUUUGAACUUGCUAGUGACUUUGGGAGUCCCUUUCGACUUCUGUUAAAUCUGUGUACAAGUUCCACAGAACUAUGCGAUAAGACUUCCGUCAUACUUUGACCAAAGGACUGAGCACUUGUACCAAAGGACUUUUGACUCUUCUAGGACUUUAAGGAUGCUUAAAUCUAUCAACGGGAGAUUUCUUCUUGUACUCGGAACCAGUGACUUAGGACUUAUGUAAGACCUGACUUGCUCGUGACGUUUUGAACAAGUUUCUUAAAGUUCCACACUGCUUAGACCACGUCAUUUGAGAACCAAACUAGAGACUUGGAUGAGUGAUCUUUGACAGAGAACCAUUUAGGGCUUGGUUAAGGCCAGGACCAAAUGGGAUUUCCUAGAGUUGGGCCCAAUACAGACCUAGACCAAAUAUAGGGAUUUUUUUUUUUUACUGAAAAUAAUGAAUAUUUUUACAAACAUAAGGGGCAUUU